AUGGUGGUUGGGCCAAAGUAUACUGAAAACGCUGCUAUCAUGAUCAGUAUAGGCAACCCAUCUGUUUCCAUCUCUGAUGGCAAUGUGUGUAGAUUGCGCUUGACUCUGCCACCUGAUGAAGCCUCACUUUCUGAUCAAAGUGCAAAGAAAACUUCAAAUACAAAAAAACAACUCUACCAUGUACCAAAUGGACUGUCUACCAGGAAUUUCUCCCGUGGCAUGGUGUAUGGUGUAGUACACAGGACUGACAAUAACCAUAAGAAUGAAAUGGUUGUUUAUGGUUGGUCAGCAGACCAGUUGAAAGAAGAGAUGAAUUACAUAAAAGAUGUGAGAGCAACUUUGGAAAAAGUGAGAGAGCAAAUGUAUGGGGAGUAUGAUGAAAUGAAACGGAAAAUAAAGCAACUUACCAACGAAUUGACAGUUACAAGUGUUCAACAGGAAUCCUUAGAGAGCCACAUGCGAGUGCAGGCUGCAGCCUUGGAUAGCUUCAGUGAAAUGAACAGCAGCUUGACAUCUGCAUCAAUCGAGCUGCAGAAAACUUUAGUGGAUGUUACUUUGGAGAACACAGACAUAAAGGAUCAAAUAAGGAAUUUAAAACACACACAUGAGAAAUCUAUGGAAAAACUGAAAGAAAAGCAAAAACAGCUGGAAACUGCUCAGAUGGAAAAUCAGCUAUUGAAAUUGCAGGUGGAAUCCUCCCAAGAAGCCAAUGCAGAUGUAAUGAGAGAAAUGACCAGAAAGCUAUACAGUCAGUAUGAACAAAAGCUAAAAGAAGAAGAACAGAAACACAAAGCUGAGAGAGAAAUUCUAAUAGCAGAAACAAAUCGGCUUCUGAAGGCUAUUGAAGAGGCAAAUAAGAAGAUGAAGAUUACAGAGAUAAGCAUACAAGAAAAAGACCAGAGGAUUGGAGAGUUGGAUAGGUUCAUCCAGCGCAUGGAAGAGGAACGCCACCAGCUACAAAAACAACUGGAACAACAAGAAAUACAGAUAGCUGGAGCAAAAUCUGAAACUUGUUCUGAUAGAGAGAGGUCUCAACAUCUGGAGGAGGUAGCAGCUAAUCUGAGAGAGAGAAUCAAACAUCUGGAUGAUAUGGUCCAUUGUCAACAAAAGAAAGUCAAACACAUGGUUGAGGAGAUUGAAAUGCUAAGAAAGAAGGUUCAGGAAAAGGAAUUGUUUAUAGUACAGCUCUUAGAAAGAAUCUCUUUCUUAGAAUGUGAGAACAAAGAAUUACAAGACAAGUUGGACUAUUUAAUGGAAACUCAGCAAAAGACUAAUGUGGAAACCAGAGAGACUGGAGUAGGAUGUGAUUUUCCACUGAGGAAGUUUAUUAAUAGACUCCCAGACAAAGGGAAAAAGAUCUCCGAUUUUGCUGAAAAGCUCAAACACGUUAUUGCACAAGAGGAAGAAGUAAUAAGGACAGCUGAACUGCUGUCUACUGUGAGAUUGGAGUUUCAGGCAAGACAAGGCGAAACUAAUACAAGCAAGCUAAAUGAGAACAAACUGAUAAAUGAAGCAUUUGCAGCCAUUAACAAGAACUCUUCUAUUAGUGUAAAUAGAUCCAAGGUGGUGUUGCAAAACCAGGAAGCUGAACUUACCAGACAAAGACUCACAGAUGCAGCUUCUGAAAAUGAGAAGGGUCAUGGGAAAAAUGAUGAAAUCAAAAGCUCUGUAGAAAGGCCAACAAAAGUCCCACUUGGAAAUGAAAUCAGGCCAGAGUCAUCCACAGCCAGCCUGCUGAAAACUGAUCAACAGAUAUCUCUAAGUAGUUCUGUGGCUGGUACAGAAGGUGCUGCAGAGACGUUAGGCAACAGUGGCAGUGCAUUAGUUGAUGCCUUUCAAAGUUUCACAAUUGUUUAUGGGGAUAACAGUGAAGGAACAUCAGAAAAAGAACAGCAUGUUUCUGCAGUCAAGGAAAAUCCCUUUGGAAGCCUGCAUACGAAACUGCCCAAAAAGUUGCAUUACAUUGAAAUUCUUGAGUCAAGAGCCAAGAACCCAGUAGCUAAAAAACCUAAAUUUAAAACAAACAUAUUACUGUCUGAGUUAAAUGGGUCAUCUCAAGGUUCCUCACCUGAUCAUUCACCUGGAGGUCCUGGGACUCCAAUUUCUGCUGAAGAAAGACGACUCGGAGAUAAGAAACACUUGAAUGAUGUCACAGCAGCCCGGUUGCCACCACUACACCAUGUGCCUGCUCAGUUGUUAUCCAUAGAAGAAUCCAUAGCAAUUCAGAUAAAACAAAAAGAAGCUUAUGAGGAGAUGCAAGCCAAACUUGCAGCACAAAAGCUGGCAGAAAGAUUGAAUAUUAAAAUGAUCAAGUAUGAACCAGAGGGGGAGGCAUCAAAACAGUACAGAGAAGUGAGGGAUGAAGAAGACUGCUUUUCAACAGAAGACUGAGUUUGCAAAAGAAUACAUAACAGUGGACUGGGUGGGGGGAAAGCCCUUGUACCACAGUUUUUUAAACCUGGAUGACCAGUAUUCUUUGCCAUAUAGGUUGCUCUGUUUUUGCUGGAGGAGCUAUAACACUGCAGUUCCAGAAGACAGUAAUUGAUUUUUUGAAUACAAAUGACACUGGUGAGUUUUGUGUUUUUUUUGAGGGGUUGGGGCUUGGUCUGAUUGUUAUACAAGAGUUGACAAGGCACCGGUGCCCUUGAAAACUUACCCAUUGGGCUCUUUACAGCUCAGCUAAGGCAGAUUUUGAACACGCUUUAGUAAGCAGUGACAGAGCAUUCACAAGGAAGUGGUUACUGUUCAAUGGCAAACAAAGGUUUAAAGGUAGAAAAAAAUGUUACUCCUUUUACAUAUUGUGAAUGGACAAAUCUAGAGUUAU